CUUGGCAUUGUAAAUUUAUUUGCAUUCCACUAAACUCGGCAAUCUUUCCACUGGUUUGGUUGUAACUAUUGCUCAGCAUUGCAUCACAUACUGUAAACACGUGGGAAAACCUCGAAUUCUGCAACACAUUCCGAAUCAAAACAAACACUAAACAGUUCGAGGAAAGCAAUCAAUAAACAAAUCUCGUUCUGGAUUCGAUGAAAUAGAUUUGUGGAUGAUUUCUUUAGUUUCUACCUCCAAUAAUCGCGCGCAUCAUGUACCAUGAGAAGCAGCAACGGGAACUGUGUGCACUUCACGCGCUAAAUAAUUUGUUUCAGGAUAAAAGUUCGUUCAGCAAAUCUCAGUUGGAUCAUAUCUGCCAGCGUUUAUCGCCCAACGAUUACAUUAACCCUCACAGAUCCCUUCUCGGGCUCGGGAAUUACGACGUGAACGUAAUAAUUGCCGCCUUGCACAUGAAAGACUGUGAGGCAGUUUGGUUCGACAAACGGAAGGACCCAUCGCGAAUUGAUACAUCGAAAAUAGUGGGGUUCAUAUUGAACGUUCCAACCACCUACAAAGUCGGAUUCGUUAGACUCCCGAUUCAGCGAAGGCACUGGAUUGCCAUACGGCAGAUCAACGAAGAAUACUGGAACCUCGACUCCAAACUAGAUGUCCCGCAGUGUUUGGGGGACGAAUCAAGUAUGCUGCAGUAUCUGCGUGAGCAGCUGAACAGCAACGACAAGGAGUUGUUUAUUGUGUGCACAAAUGAGGUCGAUAAAACGCAGCAAUGGCUGCGACCAUAG